AUGGCAACAGGGCCGGUGGUAGACGUGUUCGAUAUGACACAUGUGUCGCUCUCUGGUUAUCAUACCUCUGAGCGAGUGAGGUGUAAUAUGGUCAUGUUACCGCAGUGUGCAAACACGCAAACACUACAUUUUUUCCCUUCAUUGUGCAGAGGCGACGGCACAAUGCCGCUGAAUCAUUCAGUCGCAGUCCAAUGUGUCUCUAAGAUGUUUGGUGCUCCGCAACUGGCAGUUCACCGUUGUAUUGUUGACAUUCCUUCUGAUUGGCCAGCGGAUGUCGACACAGUGGACCACGAAUCACCGACAACCACCUCUUCGGCGGGUUUAAUGUCCUUGAAGCGGUGA